CAACGUUCAAUAGACAACAACUUAAGCAUUACCUCUUCCUCUUAUUCGUUUUUUCAAUCAUCUGCAGACUUUUUUUUUUUCUUUUUUCUUUUUUCUUUUCAGAGUGACUGAAAAAAGGCAUACGAGAAUAUAAUGGCAGGAACAGCAGUAAUAAGAGACGCUAUCUUUGUACAGCAAUUGCAAGGACAGGAGCAGGGGCAGGGGCAGGGGCAGGAGCAAGAGCGACCGCAAGGGCAAGAGCAAGAACAUGGAAAGAAACGAGAGCAAAGACAGGGAUAUAAACAAGAAGAUCAAGAGCACGAACAAGAACUAGACGAACAUCACCACUAUAAACAAAAACUAACCAUCGACAUCAUUAUCCAGUUGCCAGAGCUAGCACUCGCUAUUCAAACAUUUCUGGGGCCAAAACACCUCUUUUCUACUUGUCUCGUCAGUAAAUACUGGGCAUCAAUUUGGACACCUUUCCUCUGGCAAACCCUUAUUCUAUUGCAACCCCAUCCUGCCUUACACUCAAAACUGAUUCGAAAGUCCAAUUCUUCUACUGUAAACUCCAAAACCACUGAUAACAACAAAGGCAAUGGCAACAGCCGUUGUAGUUUAGACUCUGCAAACGGAGAAGAACGAUAUGUUUUGACGGAGGCAUGUCUUAGUCGAUAUGGCCAUUAUGUCCGAUGUCUCAAUGCAUCAUGGUUGACUCCUCAAUCACUGUUACGUCUCUCUUAUUUCUGCUUGAAUCUGCAGCAUGUUAAGCUAGCAGACACACUGAUUCCGAUUAAGAGAGUCCUGCAACCCAUGCUUCGAUCAUUAGGAUCAUUACGAAAGCUGGAGCUGGAUUUGCCCUUUGAGUUUAUAGAUGAAGAAGAGGAAGAAGAGGAAGACUGCCAAAAAGCAGGAGAAGGAGAGAAUGGGAGAUAUGAAAAGCAUGAAGAGCGAAAACUGAAGGAAGAGGAAGAGGAGAGGGUACUUCAUCUAGAACCUGUAAUAGCAAAGGGCCCACAUGAGAAUUCUUUGUUAAAGUCCAUUGAGGUUUGCGCAUCGACUAUGAGUUUGGAGUAUCUGAGCCUUAUAUUUCAAACAUCCGUUCGGGUCCCUGUCAUGGCAUUACUCUCAUUGUUCAGAAGGCACCGGAAACUCCAUACUGUGAAGUUGGUAGAUGCUGAUAUUGAGGAAUUGGUAUUCCUGGCUGCAACCAGAAAAAGCACAGGGAAAGGGAAAGGGAAUCCAAAAAGAAAAAAUGGAAAAGGAGAGAGUGAGUCUAAUAUGUCAAGGUCAGGGUCAGGGUCAGGACUAGGACCGCAGCCGGCGUUUGCAUCGACGUCGGUUGUGGGUACUCCCUCGUUACCUCAGCAGACGCAAUCUCCGGUAUCAAUCUCGGGUUCUGAUGAUGAGAACACGUCUAUAGCAUCAACAUCGACACCAGGAUCGCCAUGCUUAGCGUCUUCAACGCUGGAUACAGAUAUCUAUAAUUUAUUGUUCCUCUCGAUCAUCAGCUCCCAUACCUCGGACACAGCUCUUGCUCAUAUUCUCGAACGAUGCCCUCACUUACAAGCGCUUCACCUUCAUUCUUGCGACAACCUCUCAGAUACUUCAUUAGAGUUAAUUGCUCAACAAUCUUCCUCCCUCACCAGUAUCUCCCUCUCGAGCUGUAAGAAAAUGACUGUACAAGGGCUUAAGCAGUUUUUCAUGACCACACACAGACUCCUCAUUCACAUUCAUCUUUGUGAUAUGACAGCAGUCCAUGACGAAACUCUUGAGCUCAUCGCUCAACGACACAGCUUGAGUCUCAGAAAACUAGCCAUUUACUUCUGUGCAUUUGUGAAGGAUAAGGGAAUCAAAACGCUGUUGAAGUCAUGCAAAGAGUUAGAGGUCUUGGGGCUUCAGGCUUAUGGUAUGAGCACCGAAAUUUUUGAAGAACCUUGGGCCUGUGAACAAACACUGGAACAGUUAGAUCUACAAGCAGUCUUCAAGCUGUUUGUACAACGACCCGAGAAUGAUGAUGGCAAUAACAACAGUGGUAAUGCCAAUGUAAAACUGAGCGACUUCUCUGCCACGAGGGUAUGGCGAGAUCGUCAAGCAAGGAUCGAUGCGUUUGAAAUGACAAGGCGUCGAUUGAUGACCUUGUCCAACCUCAGAAACCUUCGCCUAUUUGCGGGCGGUAUUGGAGAGCAGGUCUUGAAUGGAUUUGGGGUCCAUCAACGGAUAGAGGUUUUGCAUCUCUAUGGGCUUCAGAGUACCAUUAUUCAUUCGUUACCGUGGUCCCAGAUCCGGAUGCGAUAUCCGUACUUGAAGCAAUUCUAUUGCGGGGUCAUUGGCACUAAAGACCAUUUUAUCAGGGAUGAGCUUGAACGCUUAAAUGUUGAGCUCUUGACUUCUUCUAGUAUCCCUGAUCUAGCGUUUGAGAACAACUUUGACGAUUGA